UCUGUCAUCCGGUCUGGCUCGAGUGUCUAAGAAUGAAACACUGUGGGUGCAUGCAUUUGUUUACGCCAAAAAGCAUUAAAUCUGCAUUGGUUCGCAGCAGACUUGUUCUCCAUGCUUGAGAGAGCAGAUUGUGCUCACACGGUCUCCUCAUCCCUUCUUUCUCUCCUCUGCCUCUCCAGAAUGUCUUUGCCCAACUCAGAGAAUGCCUCCAGCCUGGAGAACGCCAUGCAGCUCAUGAUCCAGACCUUCCAUAAGUACUCUGGAAACGAGGGGGACAAAUAUACGCUGAGCAGGACUGAGCUCAGAGAGAUGCUCACCGCAGAGCUCGGCAACUACCUGGGGAAUGCCCAGGAUAAGGAGGCAGUGGAUAAGGUUAUGGGAGACCUGGAUUCCAACAACGACGGGGAGGUCGACUUCACCGAGUUCAUCAUUCUGGUCGGAGCCCUCACCGUAGCCUGCAACGACUUCUUCCUGGACUUCAAUGACAAGCAAGAGAAGAAGAAGUGAGUGCCCUCGGCAUGAAGACGCCCACUCCACUAACCUGCAAGGUCCAGGGAGGAAACAGUUUGGACAGGAGAGAGAGGGAACAUCCUGUCGUGGGCGUCAUGGGAGUCACAUGCCACAAAUACACAUGCACACACACACGCUAACACACACACAACCACACGCACGCACUCAAACAGUGGGUGUUUGUGUAUUUGUCUGCUAUUACCCAUCAAUCCAUUAAAAGCUGUAUCUUUUGCAAUGUGAAAA